CACGAGGAGGAAGAACGCGCUGGACGUUUGUCGAGCAGGGCGAAAACGUCCGGCGUAAGAAGAAGAGGAGGAAGAAAACGAAGAAGGACGAGCCUCGCCAUGGAGCAGCGUUCCUCUGGAACUCCGACGAAGACCGCGGAAGGUGCGACGGCCCAGCGAAAAUCGAGACGCAGUCGUCGCACCGGUUCGCCUGCCCGGAAAGCCUCGAAGCCGAAGAAGCACCGGGAACCGGCUGGGCAGCCGGCUGCGCUCGACGCGAGUCCGCGCACCGCCGCCCAAGACAGCCCCGCGGACUCGCGCCCGGGUCCUUCGCCCAAGCGUAGCGAUUCCAUUGGCAGCAACUCGCUGGCUCGCAUGAAAGACCUGGCCCUGAUUGGCCUGGAAGACCAGCGUCGCCCCUCCGAGUCGUCAUGGCGGCGUGCGAAGGUGGCGGGGAUGUCGUGCGCCCGCACCGCGACUCCACUCUGUGUCUUUUGUGUGGCGCUGGUCGGUGCCGGCGUGCUCACCGCCUUGAUCCUCGGCUCGUCAGCGACGCGCAAGGCCCGUCAGAUGGCCUUCCAGUACAAAGGCUGCACGACCAGGUACAGCCUACACAUGGCCUACAGCGAGGUCAGCGUCCACCGUGCCAAGUGGCUCAACUACUCCAAAGCCUACGGCAAGCGGCUAGAAUACGUGCGUUCCAUGUACAGACUGUACGGGGCCGGAGACACGCCGCUUGCCCAGUUGCGGGACCUGGUGGCCGACGAGGACGCGUGGGUUCGCGCCGUCACCGAUGGCAUCGCGAGCUCCAACCGCGUCAUCAUGAAGCUGCGGUUAGCCCACCUCGACCAGCUCACUCCGAACGUGAGCAGCCACCGCUGGCUGGACUACCUGAAUGAACACCUGCGUCCGCACCGCCUCUCACCGGACGACAAACUGCUGCUCGUCGACAAGAUUGUGAGCACCGUGACCAACAACCUCUUCGAGAGGUUCAGCAAUGCAGCCAUACUGGAGCAGGUCGCGUGGCGCUUCAUCCAGGACUACUCGUACGCCAACUCGUACGCCGCCGCCGUCGCCACGUUCGGCAACAUAGAAGCCGUGGCUCGCUUCAGGCCCCGCAACUGCUACUCGUUCACCGAGAGCCGCUUCCAGAAGUGGCUUUUCGUGUGGAGGGUCCGUGAACAGCUGCAGCCGCCCUUGCUGAGCACCGUCAACGCCAUCUUCGAAGACUUGCGCAACACCACCCAGCAGCUGCUCUCCGACGCGGCGCCUUGGAUAGAUCCGGCCGCCCGAAUCGAGGCGGUGGCCAUAUUGCAGCGGUUGCACCUGGAACCGUUCUGGUCGCUGUUCGGUGCCGAGGGAUUCAAACCGACGCUGCCUCUCGGCGCCAUCCGCAAGUACCUGGACGCCUUCCCGACGCAAUUUUCAUCGCCAUUGAAAGGCUGGAUGCAGGCUGCCGACCUGCACCGUCGCACGUUCCCCGGCUGGCCCCUCAACGACUCGCUGCUGCACCGCCACGGCGAGUACUCGUUCCCGGUGCAGUACGACUACUGGUGGAACUCGGUGUUCCUGCACCUGGCCGUGGCGGCGCCGCCCAUGUUCUACACGGACGCGCCCGCUUCGGUCAACUACGCGGCCUUCGGCACGGCCGUGGCCAGGCAGCUGGUCAGGGGCUUCGACCCGCAGAAGGGCGCGUUCCUGGACUCCAACAGAACCGUGAGGAGCUGGAUGUCGAGAGCCACGCGCGAAGAGCUGCAGAAGAAGAUCUCGUGCGCUGGCGGCAGAUCCUCCGUGCUCAUGGACGUGGCCGCCGCCCAGGUCGCGUACCGGGCCUUUCAGGAACACCGAGCGGCCGAGCCAAGACGCUACGCCGUGAGCAAGGACAUCUCGCUGACGCCGGACAUGCUCUUCUUCGUGACUCUCUGCCGCAGCCUGUGCGGCCGCGGUGAACUGUGUCCCAAGGUGCUGAGCAACAUGGCUGCGUUUAGCCGCGCGUUCUCCUGUAAACCCGAUGCGCCCAUGAACCGCGCCGACAAGUGCUCCUUCUUUGAGCAGGCGUGAUAUAUCUCGCCAAAUAUGGAACAGUGGUUGCCGAGUUCCAUCUAGAGGCACCAUUCGUUUGUAUGCCCAUAGCGUUUUGCGUGAGAGUUUUAUGAAUUGCAAAUAACGUGCGAUAUGAGUACAAUUUUGCGCUCUUUUUUUUAAUACUUCGCCUGAGCUCACGGGGGUUGCAAUGUGGGCUUGUGGGUAAUGUAUCUUCAAGGGGAGUACGGUAGCGCGAUUAAAAGUUGCGACAAAAGAAGGCACAUAGGGACAAGCGCAGUUCUUGAUCAAGAUUUCAACGUACGAAAGAUGUUGCUUUCCAUGCAGCUCAACUUUUUUCCUGAUUCAUUUAUAAUUUUUGCUUGCGUAUUUGCUUUUGGCGUCAAUCUCCGUACGGAACGUGCUUCAAUUAAUAAGCUGUUACUUAAGGACGUGAGGAAAAGCGUGUGCGUUAGUACCUGGUUCUUCCAUGUACGCGUCAUCGUCGUUAAAUAUUCAGUUUAGUGUAUAUCGUAGAUCGAAACUUUGGAAUAGCCAAUGAAACACAGCGGAUUUAGGUCUGUUCAAGUGGAUUACUUUUAGGGCAGCGUUGCCUGCCCGAAUAAUUGCUAUGUACAGGUGGAUAAGUUUAAGAAUGUGUUACCUUCCUUUUCUUAAUUGUUAAUGUUGGGGCACAUGAUCCAAUUACAAAAUUAAAGUUGAGCAGCAGUGAAGCCAUGUUUGCUUAUCAGAAAUCGUAAAACUAGCACCACUUCCCUAAUAUCCGGCCCGUUAAAGAGACCGACAGCCAGUUUUUAUAGUACAUUUUCAGCUGUGCAACUGAAGGCUUACUGGUCGGAAUGCCCAAUCCUGCAAUGGCAACGCGAAAUAACGCAUUGGAACAUUUUUUAUAAAUUAUUUUAUCUGUAAUCGCUAUCAUGUUCAUGCAGUCAUACUGGAAACAGUCGUAUAUGAGCGCGAUAGCGAUUGUACGCCGACGUCAGUGGGAAGCAGACAAGUGCGGCCCUAGCCGCAGCUAAUUUAUCUGUUGUUUAUCAAGCCGAUGUUCAUGCUUAGGUCAAGCAGUUUUAAAUGAGCUUAACUGUAAGGCCAAUGCGUUCUUUUUUAGAAUUUUGAAACGGAUGUUUCAAGAGUAGCACUAGUCUUAUCUUUCGGCUAAGCAGGCAUGGUUCCACGACUGCUUAGCUUUAGCAAAUAUUUUAUUUAGCUACAUGGACAUUGCAAUUUGUUAUGCAAUUAAUGCCCGCCUCUUAGAUAAUCUACCUUAAUAGGCCGAAUCGUGUCGUAAGUCUUCAUAAUUGUGGCUUCGUUUAUUGGGCUUAUGUGUCUAAAUCGCCGAAAAUUACUCUUCGAAACGCCUGAAGGCAUUGAGUCUCUCCGUGCUUGCAUAAUCAUUGCGAAUUCUUGAACCCAUAGCGUGAUAUAAACUGUCAACAAUCAACAUGUGUAACGAAGAAGAGUAGCCUGCCUGCGCCACAGCGCCAUCGCUACCGGCAUGAGCUCGUGGUUGCUGUCUUUCGCCGAAGGCUUGUGACAGCUACCCGUUCGCGCCCGUUGCUAAUAAAUCUCUUAGCAAGUUUGCGGCCGGAACGGUAGAGGACGCGGAUGUCGUACUCCUGUAGCUUAAGGGCCCAGCGAGCAAGUCGGCCAGAUGGGUCCUUAAGGGUAGACAGCCAAGAAAGGGCGUGAUGGUCAGUGACGACAUCGAAAGGGUGACCAUACAAACAAGGACGGAAUUUUCCAAGGGCCCAAAUAAUGGCUAAACACUCUUUCUCUGUAACAGAGUAAUUAGCCUCGGCCAUUGUCCGAGUUCGGCUCGCGUAGGCAACGACAUAUUCAUCAAAGCCCGCUUUUCGUUGUGCGAGUACGUCGCCAAGUCCGACGCCGCUGGCAUCGGUGUGGACCUCUGUGGAUGCUGCAGGAUCGAAGUGGCGGAGGAUAGGUGGCGAGGUUAGCAGGCGGCGUAAUGUCGUGAAGGCGUCAUCACAGGCGGGCGACCAAGCGUAAAGUUCUUUGUCGCCACUUAGAAGGGCUGUCAGGGGUGCGCUUAUGGAAGUGAAAUUUCGAAUGAAACGUCGGAA